AUGUGUAACCCACCCCUCCCCAUAGCUGACAGCUUUGACCUCUGUACAGACUGGUCAGUGGAUUACCUGAAGUACCGUGUGCUGCAGGGAGAGCCGGUGAGGCUGAAGUGUGCCCUGUUCUACGGCUACAUCCGGGCCAACUACAGCCAGGCUCAGAGCGUGGGCCUCAGCCUCAUGUGGUACCGCAGCACUGGCCUGGGCCACGGAGACUUCGAGGAGCCCAUCUCCUUCAACGGCGUGCGCAUGAGCAAGGAGGAGGACGCCAUCUGGUUCAGACCGGCCGACCUCCAGGACGUGGGCCUCUACUCCUGCGUUCUACGGUCAGACAUGGCCUGCGGAUCACAGCGCGCAUCCCAGGGAGUGGCCCAGGCCAAACUAAUCAAAGGCAGAUCAGUGGAGUGUCGUCCUAAGCAGUGGCGGGCCUCCAUCCUCCAGGGAAGAGACACUCUGUCCAUCAGAGAGGUCAAAGAGGACGACAUCGGCAACUACACCUGCGAGGUCACCUUCGGGGGCUUCGUGGUACACAGGACCACUGAGCUCACCGUCACAGCUCCUCUGACUGACAAGCCACCAAAGAUCCUUUAUCCUUCUGAGAACAAGAUCAGCAACAUGGAGCUACAGCUAGGAAGUGCCCUGAACCUGACGUGCAGAGCUUUCUUUGGCUACGCAGGGGACGCCAGUCCGCUAGUCUACUGGAUGAAGGGAGAGAAGUUCAUCGAGGACCUGGAUGAGGAGAGAAUCGAAGAGAGCGAAAUCAAGGUGGUCCGGGAGCACCUGGGGGAACAGGAAGUGGCCAUCUCCUUAACGAUCCACUCGGUGGAGGAGGGGGACCUGGGAAACUACUCCUGCUACGUAGAGAACGGCAACGGGAGACGGCAGGCCAGCAUCCAACUCUCCAGAAGAGGAGACACUCGCAGCGACACCUGGAUGGAGGACCCUGACCAGUGGAGGCAGGAACCAAGAGAAGGAGCGCUUUGCCCUGGAAUCCUCCCUGACGCUGAGAAACACUACGGCUACAAACUCUUCAUCCCAGACAGAGACCUCAUCCCCACGGGAAGUCUGGCCAAUGAGCUUUACCAGGAUGACACAAGACUUCUUAGAGCCUACAUCGAAGACGUGGCGCGCUGUGUGGACCAAUCCAAGCGCCUCAUCAUCGUCAUGACGCCCAACUACGUGGUGCGGCGGGGGUGGAGCAUCUUYGAGCUGGAGACACGCCUCCGCAACAUGCUGGUCACCGGGGAGAUCAAGGUGAUUCUGAUCGAGUGUGCCGAGCUGCGUGGCAUCAUGAACUACCAAGAGGUGGAGGCCCUCAAACACACCAUCAAGACCCUCACUGUCAUCAAGUGGCAUGGCCCCAAGAGCAACAAGCUCAGCUCCAAGUUCUGGAAGCAGCUGCAGUAUGAGAUGCCCUUCCGCCGCACCGAGCCAAUGCUGAGCCACGAGCCAGCGCUGGAUGUAAGCGAGCAGGGCCCCUUUGGCGAGCUCCAGACCGUCUCCGCCAUCUCCAUGGCAGCCGCCACCUCCACCGCCAUGGCCACGGCGCACCCGGACCUCCGCUCGUCCUUCCACAACUCSUACCACACCACCAUGCGGCAGAAACACUACUACCGCAGCUACGAGUACGACCUGCCGCCGGGGGGCACGCUGCCGCCGCUGUCAUCACUAGGCAACCAACACACCUACUGCAACAUCCCGCUGACGCUGCUGAAUGGACAGAGGCCGCCGGCGGGGAAGAGCCGCGAGCACAGUCUGGAGGAGGAGCACACUAACCACGCCAUGCUGCCGCUGUUGCCCAGGGAGACCAGCAUCUCCAGCGUCAUCUGGUGACCGGGACAGGAUAGAACCAUGCGACACUAGCGGUCUGGUCUGGUCUGGUUUGGGUUGGAUCACUUUGGAUCGGUUUGGUGGCGUAGUCACGCUUCUAUGAGCCAGUUCUGAUUGGCUACUGUAGCUAUAGCUGAGAGAUUGUGACGAGUUUGGGUUGGAAUGGACCCCUGUCAACAGGCAAGACAGGGUCAGGACAGGUUUGGAUUUAACGUGGCCCUCAUGUACACAGAGGAGAAGUUCUUCACCCGAGGAUUAAAGAUUCAGACUGACAACAACAAACUGUUUGAUCAAGAGACAACAGAGUUUGAUCAAAUUGAACUCGUGAAUACAAAAUAAAAGAACCCAUACUUUGGCACUUGUGCACUUGCACACACACAAACACACACAUACACUCACACACACUAAAGGAAAACAGGGUCUUGUACAUAUAUUUCCAAUUUAUUUGUAGCAUCAGUGUCUUCCUGUUUUUUGUUCAUAUGUUGUUUUUUAUUCAAUCAUGUGUGUUGCCUUCUCUACUUUAAGACUUUGCUUUAACUUGUCACACAGAUUUAUAUAUUUCUAUUUUUUCUGUUUUUUCUUUGUUAAAAUGUUUUUUUUUGUUUUUUUUAUAUGCUUAUGAAGAAAGCCAGUAUGUCAUGUAUCUGCGCUGUUGUGUUUUCUAUCUUGACUUUGUGUAGUUUAAGAUAUAUAUUAUUUUUUUUUACUCUUUUGGGGAAUUGCUUGGACAUUGCAACGUUUUACUUCAAGGAGCAACAUCUUAUUUUUGUUGACCUGUAUAAGGUGUAUAUCUAGUUUUAAAAACACUCUUUAAAAAAUCAUAGAAUAUGCAAAAAGAAGGAGGAGCUACCGGUGAUGUUGAUGUAACUUCCUGUGGGCCAGAGGAAGGGGAGAAGUUAGAGAGUCGUGCUAGUCUUCUCCAGUCAGUCUGUCAGUCAGUCAGAGUUUCAUAUUUUCUAUAAAAACAAACAGCCUUGCUGUUUUAGCGUGAUAGUGUAAUGCCUCACCUUAAAAAUAAAUCUGUAGAUUAUUUUAAAAAUAAGUAUAUUUUUAUAACAAAAAGAGUUUGCUUGAGAAGUCAUACUUAUUUACGUUUCAUCUGACAUUUAGGGGGAGGUAUGCAGUGUGUGUAAUGCAGGUUUUGUACACUACUUUACUAUAUGGGUCAUGGUUUGUUAAGACAAUUAGAUGGAUUUUGAGUCCCUCAUGAAAAUAUUCUUAGAUUCAAAAAGUAAAUGCAUUUUCAAUGUUUUGGUUGAGUUGUUGAAGUAUUCUUUCCAUCCUGAGAAUCCUUUGUUUUCAAUCCAUAGGAUAGGUCAUGUUUAAAGAAAGAAGAAGCGUAAGUUUGUGMUUUGGAAUACGUUUUUUAUUAUAUUUGAAGGUGUAAUUUCUGAGUAUGCAUAGCAAAUAGAUAUGUAUUCUAUAUAUGAUAUAGAUAUUUAUAUAAAUAUAUAUAUAUAUAAACACGAUUUUCACUUGGAAAGAAAUGUCUAUCUUUAUAGAAACACAAUCAUACUUAUCAGUUGCCCUUACUUUCUCACUGCACAUUAAAAACAUUGAUCUCC